AUAAAGUUUCUAAAUGUAAAAUUCUUAUUUAAAUCCGAUAUUUAUUGGAAUUUUGUUAUAAACAAUAGAAUCUGUAGUUUAAUGUAUUAUUUAUAGUGAACAAUCUUACUUCAAUAAGGGUUCUAAACCUUAUUUUCAAAAGUUUCUUUGUUUGAGACGGCCAGAUUUUGAAAAUGAACACUUUGAGUGCUAAAUUAAAGGAUUUUUUCCUGAAUCUGAAAACUGAUGCCGUGCCGCGGCCCCCGAGGAAUCGGCCAGUAGAACAGGAAACGCGACCAGAGGAAAACAAUGAAAACUACGACCCAUAUAAUGAGGAACCUGAAGUUAUUGUCAUUGAGGAACCGGACGAUGAUUUGAAGAAAGAGAAAAAUAAGAAAUCGAAACCCAAGAAUUACUUUUCCAAAGAGGAAACUAAAGAAGGAAAACCCUAUAAACAGGAGAAAAGGAAAAGUGACUGCAUAGUUAACACACAAGCAACGGGUCCUGUGAUUAACAUAGUGAAAUCCAAAGAUGUCCGUUGGGGAGAUGACUACUAUAUGGGCUCAGCUAAACCACCCACUAAGAAGAACAUUGACCCUGAAGAGGAGGAGGUGGAGAAAUGUAAUCUUAUCACUUUACUCAUGGAGAGUAAGCAAAAACCCAUACAACAUGAGUACAUGGACCAGAUAUCGGGGAAUUUGGGCAAGAACUGGUAUGGUCUGUUCAUAUCGCUGGGCUUCCUGAAGGGAAAGAUUGAGACCAUGGAGAUUAAUACACGCGAUUAUGGGGUCACAGAGGCGCGCUACAAGUUGCUGCUGGAUUGGACCAACAACGAUGAGGACGGCACGCUCGGAGGCUUGACUAAGACGCUCUGGGACCACGGAGAUCGAGCGCUCGUGAAGCAACUCGCCAUAAUGUACAACAAAAACAAGAACAAGUAACAUUCCUUCUAUAGUGCUUUUAGGCCUUAGGGAUUGGCACGCUAGUGGUUGAGAAACAUCUAGUAGGUAUUAUUAAUAUCCAGUAUUCAGAAUUGAUAGAGCAAACUGUUUGCGGGCUUCUGUUAAAUGAGCUUACCGUGUUCUAGUAUACAUUUCUAUGCAUCAAAGGUACUUUUUAACAGACUUCAAAAAAGGAAGAGGUUCUCAAUUCGUUGCAAUGUUUUAUGUUUUACUAUUUUUAAUUUUCUUAAAUUCCCGGUUAACAAGUUUUUAGGGUUCCGUACCCAAAGGGUAAAAACGGGACCCUAUUACUAAGACUCCGCUGUCUGUCUGUCAUCAGGCUGUAUCUCAUGAACCUUGAUAGCUAGACAGUUGAAAUUUUCAGAGAUGAUGUAUUCCUGCUGCCGCUAUAACAACAAAUACUAAAAACAAAAUAAAAUAAAUAUUUAGGUGGGGCUCCCAUACAACAAACGUUGUUUUGUUUGCCGUUUUUUGCGUAAUGGUACGGAACCCUUAGUGCGCGAGUCCGACUCGCACUUGGCCGGUUUUUUUAAAUUUGCUCAAUAUAUUUCUGAAUACUGUCACUAUAGACACGCUGAGGGUGAGGGCAUGUCCUUGGGUAUCGCUGCCUCUAGUUUCGGCGUAGUUGGUCCUCUACACAACACAGAAUUUUAUUCUGCUUUGCAGUCUAAAGUACAAAAGACACAAAUAAAGUUAAAUCAAUGGGAUUUAAAAUAACUUGUUUGAACACAUAUUUGCAGACGUUUUACGUCCAUUUUCCUAAAAUAAUUGACGUAUCUGUUCUGUUUACUCGUAUCCGGGUAAACCUAAAGGUACCCAUCGCAACUGACUACCUUGCAAAACGUAAGUACAGUCAGCAAAACCAUUAGCUUAGCACGCAUGCAUAUAUUAUAUUGGUAUACAGAGAUGCUAAGCUAAUAACUUUACUGACUGUAUGUACAUGCCAAUAUGUGUAUAUUGUAGUUAGCCUUAGAUGUUAAGGAUUUAAUUAAAUGAGACGCUUUACAAAAUGUCGUUUAAAACGUAUUGGUAAUGCGGCUUUAUUUUUUUAUCAGUUUUACAUAUCGUGUAUAUACUUUUCAUUUACUUAGGUAAGCGCUUUCUGUGACUUUUGCUACUUGAAUUUUUGAUUUUAAAUAAAUUAUACUAUUUUAUAUAUUUGUACCUCAACAUGAUUUAAUCAUGAUUCGGAGAUUAAGAUUACGUUGAAUGUACUUGUGAAAGACUUGUGACAAUUAACCUUUUAAUCGUCGCCACUUAUUUUGAAAUUUUAUUUAUUUACAUUGUUAUAAAUAUAUUCUAAUUUAAAAGACAGACCUACUCGUAUUUUAAAACUGUUACAAAUUCGCCUUACUUUAGGGUUGUUUAUAUGGGACCAUGGAUUUAAAAAAUAGUGACCUAGAUUGUACACAAAACAUCACAU